UUUAUUUUCAUAGGAUAUUUGGCUUCCUGGAGAAAAAAGUAGAAAAUGCAAAACGAAAUAAUAAAGCCUGCUAAAUACUUCUCUGAAGUGGAAAAGAGUGUGCUACUUGCAUUAGUUGAAAAGUACAGAUAUGUACUUGAAUGUAAAAAAAGUGAUGCAAGAACUAUUGCAUUGAAACAACGUACUUGGCAAGCACUUGCCCAUGAAUAUAAUUCUCAGCCUAGUGUGUCACUAAGAGAUUUCAAGCAGUUAAAGAAAUGCUGGGAAAAUAUCAAAGCACGGACAAAAAAGAUAAUGGCACAUGAAAGACGGGAGAAAGUAAAAAGAAGCAUUAGUCCUCUUAUAAAUACUCACAUCAUAGGAAAAGAGAAGAUUGCCAGCAUGAUGCCUGAGCAAAUGUACUUUUUACAGAGUCCGCCAGAAGAAGACUUUGAAUAUCAGCCUGAUACUUCUAACCAAGUAUCAUUUGUUGUUUCAAAUAAAGAACUAUGUGAUGAAGAGAGAGAAUUGGUACAUUUCCCAGUAUGUGAAGGCACCUCUCAACCUGAGUCGUCCUAUUCAGAUGUCAGAAUAGCAACAGAUAAAAACUACAGAAGUAAAGCCACUCAGGAAAGUGCUUUGAAAAAGAUGCAAGAGGAAGAACAUCACCAGCAAAUGUCAAUUUUACAACUACAGCUGAUACAAAUGAAUGAAGUGCAUGUGGCAAAAAUACAACAAAUUGAAAGGGAAUGUGAGAUGGCUGAAGAGGAACACAGGAUAAAAAUGGAAGUGCUAAAUAAAAAGAAAAUGUAUUGGGAGAGAAAACUCCAAACCAUCACAAAAGAAUGGCCUGUAUCAUCUUUUAACAGACCCUUUCCUAAUUCACCCUAGAAUUUAUGGUGACAGAGAUUCAGUCUAAUUGAGCACAAGAUAACUAUGGUAUAUUGAAUUGAGAGUCUGUUAAGAUAAAUGGAAGUUGUAGCAGAAUGGCUGUCCACUCAAUAAUGAACAUUUUUUUUUCCAGCUAGGAAAACAGAUGUGGUGGGGUUCAAUAAGGGCAAAGUCUAGUUCAUUUGUGGGUAAAUGAAAAUUAUUGCCCCCUAUUCGACUUUGAUAUGCACAUUAGUGCAUUUAAAGGAUGAGCAUAAUGUUUCUUUUCUUCAAAUUCCCAGCCACCCAUUUUUACAGUCAGGACAUUCUCUUAGAGUAGACCUUACUUGAAAGUUUUUUGAAAAUGCUCCAAUUCCAGGUUUAGUUGCUUGCUUUCUAGUUUCUUUCUUGUUGGUUGAAAACAAGGGUUGGAGUUGCUUUUUAGUCUUACCCUGGAGAGAGGAGUAAUCCACUGAUAUGCUGGGACAGGGAUGGAGAGAGGAAUUACUCUAUUUUUUUAUUUCCUCUCUGCAGCAGGUAGGUAAAAAUGAAGGACAUCAUGAGGGGACCAUUUCAGUAACUAAUUUGCAGAGGAGAGAAGUCAGACCCUUCAACAAGAUGGUUGAUGGAGAAGAUGCUUAUGUACUGGUCUGCUAGCUGUUGGGGCCAUGACAGAGGAGAAGAGGGAAAAAAAGAACUAUUCUCUCCCAGGAGCUGCUCCUACUUCUGUCUACACCUUGCAGAUGCUAGGCUGGUUAGAAGUAGGAAGCAAACUGCUGCAGCUGCUUCAGUGAGAAGCAGCCUCUAAAGGACACUGUUUACCUGUAGUUGUUCUGGGGAAGAGAAGCUUUGCUACAUUAUGAAAUUCUUGAAAAGCAGUUGGCUACCCAGCCCAUUAGCAGCUUCUUCUUCUACCUUGCAGUAUUAGUCCAUGACCUCAGUAGCCCAAUCAGUGCAUAUGGGCCUUGUCCUCAUUACAAGUGAGGAUUGUGAAUCCUGUUAGUCUCUACACCCCCAUCCCACCCCCAACCAUGCUGCACAGGGCAGGAGGAGGCUGAGGCAGAUUCUCACUUCUUGGUACUAUGUUUUAGCCUAGUAUUUGUGUCAGUGCCUGUGAAUUCUCUCUUGGUCCUGUCCCAUGUGUUAGCCUAAAGCAAUUUCUGCCUCUGCUGUCAGCUAAGGACCACUACUUUGAUGAUUUAUUUGUAUUAGAGUAGGAUCUAGAGGCCCAAACAGGAAUUGGAGCCCAAUUAUGUUAGGUGUGAUACAUAUACAUAAAAGACAGUCCCUGCUCCCAAGUGAAGCCAGGCCUGGAAAAUCAGAAAUAUGAUAGAAAAUCUAAAGUUAUAGAGUACAGGUUUUAGGAGUCUUUUCUCUGAAAAGGUGUUUUGGAGGAGGGGUAUAGGAACAUUUUUAAGGCUUGACAGAACAUGAGCAAAAAUAAUACUCAUAUUUUUUAAGUUAUGAAUCUGAGAAUCCUAUUAUUUUAAAUGUUGUAUUUCACAGAUCUAUACAAUAGCAAUAUUUUCUAAGUUAAAGUGUGGAUGGUACCCUCUUCCGUCCCAGUGGUCCUCUGAUUACAGCCUUUUUUUUCGGAUUUUCUUUCUGGCUUGAGUUUUCAUUUUCACUUUUCUCUGGUUUGUUUUUCUGGCUUCAGUGCAUGCCUGUCAGUUUUGUGCCUGUCAGUUAUAAUGCAGUGGCAGUGAAUGGAGUGAUAUGAACUUUAUCAUAUACGAGAAGCACAACUAAGCUCCUGCAGAAAGACCAAAAAGAAUAGAGGUAAAAUCUAAAGAGGCAAACCUACUGAAUAGGGAAAUUUCAUUUUUUGUGUGGAUUGAACUUUUCUCGUGUAGGAAUGGAGCAUAGAGUUUAAGAGGAGGGAGUAAGGUAAGAGAGUUUUACUUUGGUCCAAAAGAAACAUCAUAAUAAAUGACAGUAUGCAUAAGUCAAUGAGUUGGGGAAUGAAAGAAGAAAAUGUGGUUGGGGAAGGUAAUAUUUUGGUGUAAGGUUUUGAUCUCUGGCUUGGACUGCGUGAUGGUGCUUUCACCUGGUGCAUGCACCAUCUACAUCACCACUGAAAGAGGGUGGAAUGAGGGAUAUGUCAAAUUAUCAUACAAAAUCAUAGAAUAGUAAAGUUGUGAGAGACUUCCUGCAGGACACCUAGUCCAGCCCGCUGCUCAAGGCAGGAUCAUCCCUGAUUAAACUGUUCUAGUCAAGCAUCUGUCUAACCUACUCUUAAACAUCCAAGAAUAGAAAGUCAUAAUCAUUCUUGGUAGCCUAUUCCAAUACUUUAAUAAACAUCUUCCUAAUCUCCAAUGUAAUUUUUUCCUGCUGUGAUUUGGGACCAUUUUUCUUAGUUCUGUCUCUUACAGCAACAGAGAAUAAUCUAGCUCCAUCCUCCUUAUAGCCACCCUUCAAGUUUCAUAGUUUUGUAGACGUUAGGGUUGGAAGGGAC